GAACCUUGUAGUAAAGUGAUUUCUCCGUUACUCGUGUCUUCUUACUGGUCUUUCAAGUCGCUGAGUAGUGCUAGCCUGGGGUUAUCCGUAUAGCUUAGGAUCUGAAUAUAGCGUUCAACCCACAAGACAUAUCAGUGGCGACGGGGAAAAACUACAAGACAUAUCACUGGCGACGAAAAAAAAAAUGACAAUGAGUAUUUCUUUAGAGCAAUUUGAAGCUUAUAUGGAGCGUCAAGAAAAACGGUUUGAACAGUCUCAAAUCAGAGUCAUGGAAGCUCUUAUGCAGAAAUUAUGUAUGUCUCAACAAAACUCUGCUGCUGGUGAAUUUCAAGUAUCUCAUACUCACUCAGUUAUUAACGCAAUCCAUGAAUUUAAUUUUGAUGGUGCAGCAGGUGUCACUUUUAACUCUUGGUUUAAGAAGUAUGAAGAUUUGUUUCAUAUUGAUCUCUGCAGACUGGAUGACGCUUCAAAAGUCAGAAUACUUCUAAGAAAGCUUGGGACAACAGAACAUGAACGCUAUAGUAACUUUAUUCUCCCGAAGAACCCACGAGACUUUAGUUUUGAUGAAACAAUUCAAACCCUGUCUCAAAUCUUUGGAGAACAGUCGUCUCUAUUUAAUAUCCGUUACCAGUGCUUGAAGAUAACGAAAGAAUCAGGAGAUGACUGGGUGAAACAUGCAGGUAUUGUGAACCGAGAAUGCGAGAGGUUCAAUUUGUCUUCCAUGUCUGAAGACCAGUUUAAAUGCUUAGUAUUUGUCUGUAGCCUGCGUUCACCUGAGGAUGCUGACAUCCGAACGAGAAUCCUAAGCAAACUUGAGCAUUGUCCCAACAUGACCCUGCAGGAAGUGACUAAUGAAUGUCAAAGGUUAGUGAAUUUGAAGCACGAUACCUCGAUGGUAGAAAACACUAACCAGUUCCUCCACGUUAAUGCUGUUGAGAGGAAAGUCGAGCAAGGUUCCAGUAUACAGAAUUAUCGAAAUGAUUGCGGUAAACCAUCAUCCCCAUGCUGGUUAUGCGGAGGUUGGCAUUUCAAAAGGUUUUGUCCGUUUAAAAGUCAUCGUUGCACUACGUGUUCCAGGAAAGGACACAAAGAAAGUCAUUGCAAAACCCGUAAACGUCGUCAACCUAAAGUUUAUUCUAAAAGAUUCAAGCCACGCACAGCCAAGGUGACGGUAGCUGCUAACAGAAUCGGCUCCCAUAAUCGUAGAAAGUAUGUUUCCCUCAAGAUUAACGGGUACGAUGCCCGCUUACAGCUAGACACAGCCUCCGAUAUAACGCUUAUAAGCAGGAGGACGUGGGAGAAAAUUGGGAGGCCGAGAAUAUUUUCAACCUAUCAGACAGCACACGGCGCAUCCGGGGGGAUUAUAAACAUUGCUGGUGAGGUUCACUGUAAAAUCACAGUCGCAGAGCUUACAAAGAAGGGAGUAAUAUUUUUGACAGAACGGCCAGCACUCGACUUAUUGGGACUUGAUUGGAUAGAAAAGUUGAAAUUAUUAGAUCGUCCCAUAAAUUCAAUCUGCAACAACGGCACUAUGUCGAAAGUUGGGGACCCAACAUUGUUUCGUGGGGGAGGUUGAAGUCAGCAAAUGCAGUCUGGAUACCUACCCCGCUUCUUCAAAAAAGGGGAGGUGUAAGAUCGGCAUACAAUAAACUCUAUCAGAGCCUCCAGAGAGGCUCAUAAAGAGACCAACCAAUCAGCGAUCAGUUAGAAGCUAUGCUACUAAAAAUGCUACUAAAAUAACAAGGUCCUGAUUGGCUGUUAACAUAUUGCUACUAUGGAAUCUCAAGGUCUUUCUAAUUACUAUAAAGCCCCUGUUUUUUCUGUACAUAAUCGAACCUUGUAGUAAAGUGAUUUCUCCGUUACUCGUGUCUUCUUACUGGUCUUUCAAGUCGCUGAGUAGUGCUAGCCUGGGGUUAUCCGUAUAGCUUAGGAUCUGAAUAUAGCGUUCAACCCACAAGACAUAUCAAUAACUCUUGUAAGCGCUUGAAAAAUUCAUUUAGCACCUAAACCUAUUCACUAUUUCUAAUCAUUCUAGUACGUUCAGUUCAGUGUAUUAAAUUAUUAUUCACAUACAAGCAAAUAGAAAUGAUUGAAUACAAAUGUUCAUUCACACGAAACGACCGAAUAACAUUAACAAUUUCUAAAUAGUUUUAUUUUUAUCAGAAGGGUUUUUUGUGGAGAUUUUAGUAAUUUUAUAUAGUUGAGACCAUAAGUCAAUUGAAGCUAGACCACCAUAGGAAACCUGGAAGCACUGGAUAACCGUUUCCUCCUAUUAUUAGACAAUGAUCUAAGAUUAAUAAUACAAUAACAACCAUAAUAAUUAUAGCUGAUAUAUAAUUACUUAAAUAUUCCAUUCAUUGUAGUCGAUGGAUAAUUGACUGAAACUAUAUUUAAUCGAAAAACAUUGAUCUGAAACUAUAAUACUAUCGAACGGUAUUCCUUAUUAUUUAUCAGUAUUGUCUUUGUUCAAUAUCUUAAAUAAAUCAGCUUUCAAUAGUCAAUAAUGACUAAAUUAUUCCUAUGAACUAUUACCCUUGUUUGUAACGUAUCACAAAAACAAUUAUUCUAAUGACACAUAUCAUGAAGAUUAACUGCAACGAAUUAUCAUUCGAUUUCAAAAACGAAUAUUAAAUUAUAGGCAAUGAAUUCUUAAGUUUAAACUUUUAAGAAUAUUUUAUCAGUUCUGUUUGGUUAUACUAAAUAUUAGUUACUUGAAGGCACUUCAAUAUUAGAAUUCUGUUUAAAGAACGGAAAAAUAAUGAAAAGACGUUAAUAUUUUCGAGUUUUUCUUGAAGUUAUUGUUAUUUUUCGAUAGAAAAAUUAAUCAAUAAUUGUCUUCAAUGACAUCAAUUUCACCAUGGAACAAGAGUCGAGCGACAAGCUAUCAUUCUUCGAUAUAUUAAUAACCAGAACUGACACAGGUAAACUGGAGACUCAAAUGUAGAGGAAGCCAACCCACACUGAUCAAAUUCUCAACUACAAUAGCAACAACUCAAAAGCUCACAAAAUCGACUAUGUACAAACUUUGUUUAAGAAGGCGAGGACACACUGCAACAUAAUUACAGCACGG